GAUUGCGCGUACCCCCUCCCCCGCUGCACCCGCCCUUGCUAGCAGGCUCCUCCCGCCCCCUGCAUUGCUGAAGCUGCUGCUGGCCGACAUGGACGUGGUGAAUCAGCUGGUGGCUGGGGGCCAGUUCCAGGUGGUCAAGGAGCCUCUUGGCUUUGUGAAAGUGCUGCAAUGGGUCUUUGCCAUCUUCGCCUUUGCCACAUGCGGCAGUUACAGUGGAGAGCUCCAGCUGAGCGUGGAUUGUGCCAACAAGACCCACAGUCAACUCAACAUCGAGGUUGAAUUUGAGUACCCCUUCAGGCUGCACCAAGUGUACUUUGAUGCACCUGACUGCAGAGGGGGCACCUCCAAAGUCUUCCUACUAGGGGACUACUCCUCAUCAGCGGAAUUCUUUGUCACCGUGGCUGUGUUUGCCUUCCUCUACUCAAUGGGGGCUCUGGCCACCUACAUCUUUAUGCAGAACAAGUACCGAGAAAACAACAAAGGACCAGUGCUGGACUUCCUGGCCACGGCAGUGUUUGCCUUCAUGUGGCUGGUUUGCUCAUCGGCAUGGGCCAAGGGGCUGUCGGACGUGAAGAUGGCCACAGACCCAGAGACCAUUAUCAAGGGGAUACCUAGCUGCCACCAGAAGGAGAAUACAUGCAAGGAGAUAAGAGACCCUGUGACCUCUGGCCUCAACACCUCUGUGGUGUUCGGCUUCCUGAACCUGGUGCUCUGGUUCGGCAACCUGUGGUUUGUGUUCAAGGAGACAGGCUGGUCCGCCCCAUUCCUACGCGCACCUCCUGGUGCCCCUGAGAAGCAACCGGCGCCUGGGGACGCCUACGGCGAGGCGGGCUAUGGGCAGGGCCCUGGCGGGUACGGGCCCCAGGAUUCCUACGGGCCUCAGGGCGGCUACCAGCCCGAUUACGGGCAGCCCGCUGCGGGCACCGUUGGUGGAUAUGGGCCUCAGGGCGACUACGGGCAGCAAGGCUAUGGCCCUCAGGGUGCGCCCACCUCCUUCUCCAAUCAAAUGUAGUCUGGUCAGUGCAGCCCAGGAGGACCCCAUGGGUGGGCAAGAGCUCAGGAGAAAGCCUGCCCUCCCUGCUCACCCCUACAUCCCAGGUCUCCACCCCUCAAGCCAGGAG